CUUCGUCGGCGGCUUCCAGCCUUGUGCAGAAACAAAACCCAGCCUUGUGCAGAAACAAAACCAAAAAGCAAGCCCUUCGUUUGUGCAGAAGCAAAAUGCAGAUGUAGAUGCUAAAACGAAAUAGAGCAGGCGAAGUCACCGUCGGCAGGCAAAGUCACCGUCGGCCAACUGCCUUCCCGAUCCCAGCCGUCGGUGACUCCACAACUACCUCCCCGAUCUCAGCCCUUCGCCGCUCACCUCUUUCUUCCAUCAACAGAACAGAUUUGCCUCUCCUCCACCAGUCAUCGUCCUCUCCGCCAGUCACCGUGCUCUCCUCCGCUAGUCAUCGUGCUUUCCUCCGCCAGUCAUCGUCCUCUCCGCCAGUAUCGUCCUCUCCGCUCACGUCUUUAAAAAAGCUGUUUACCUUUUUUAAAUCAACCGGUUGAAUCGAUAAAAUGAACUGAACAAUUUUUCUUGAUUUUUUUUCAUUAAUUUUCCAAGGAAACACAUACAAACUUAAACACAGUUCUAAACAAAAUCAACAGAAAAUAACAGAAACACCCACGGCGGAAUUUUUAGGAGGUAGAUCCAGAUCGGAAGGGAGGGAUCCCACCCACGGGACCAGGCUCCGUUCGUCUCC